UGUUCAUUCUUCGCGACAUUUCCGGAAGCGACUCUACAAACAGCUACAGAAACGAGCCAGAGUUGGUGCUUUCUCCUGUGAAGGAGUACAGCAAAAACAGCACCAUGUUGCCGACCACCUCGCCGCACAGCAAUGGCGCCCUCGGCCCUAGGGACGCUGCACGUCACACGGCAGGCGCCAAACGCUACAAGUACCUACGACGGCUGCUCCAUUUCAAACACAUGGACUUUGAUUUUGCUGUGUGGCAAAUGUUGUACUUGUUUACAUCGCCACAGAGAGUCUACCGCAACUUCCAGUACAGAAAACAGACCAAGGACCAGUGGGCCAGGGACGACCCUGCUUUCCUAGUCCUGCUCAGCAUCUGGUUAUGUGUGUCAACAAUAGGCUUUGGUCUAGUGCUGGAUAUGGGAGUCCUGGAGACUUUGAAGCUGCUGCUGUGGGUGGUUAUUGUUGACUGUAUAGGAGUCGGCCUGCUCAUAUCAACCCUUAUGUGGGUUAUAACCAACAAGUACCUGCUGAAACAUCCCAGCAAAAGCUUUGAUGUGGAGUGGGGCUAUGCAUUUGAUGUUCACCUCAAUGCUUUCUACCCGCUUCUAGUCAUUCUGCAUUUCCUGCAGCUCUUCUUCAUCAACCAUGUUGUGAUAAUAAACUCAGACUGGUUUGUGGGAUACUUUGUUGGGAACACCUUGUGGCUGAUCGCCGUCGGUUAUUAUCUCUACAUCACAUUCUUAGGGUACAACGCUCUACCCUUCCUUAAGAACACAGUGGUGCUGCUCUACCCCUUCGCUCUGCUAGUUCUCAUCUAUGUCCUCUCCGUCUCUCUGGGCUGGAACUUCACUCAGGCCCUCUGCUGGUUUUACAAGUACAGAGUCCAGUAGAACCAGUUUGUUUCUGAGCUUGGACACCAGUUGGCUAAAGGCCGACUCACGUAUUCAACUCACAUCUAGGUGACAACAAAUCCACUUCCAGCUUCUGUCAGUCAACACCUGGUUGAGAAGGACUCGGCCUCUGGUUGACUCUCAGUAAACUAGGACAGCUGUGUUGAUUGACGCUGAGCUAGUUGACUGUCGCUCGACUCUCAGUUGACUCUGUUGGGGGUUUUUUUUUUUUUUUUGGUUCAACAUCUUGCUUAUGUUGAGCUGGAGCUCCAAAGUCAGUGAACAGCAAUGUGUUUGGACUAGUUACAGAAACACAGACAUAUGAAAUACAGCUUUUAUUGUAUGAUUUGUAAAUAGUAUUUUGGCAGGUUGUAAUAUAUACAUUGGCGAUUGUUUCUGAAGAGGAAACAUUUGCUUUAGUUUCCUUUAAAAAAAGACUAAUCCUGCUUAUUGAAAAUGAAAAAAGGAAAGUGGACAAACAUGGGAUGCAAACAUUUUUUCCCUUUUUCUUUUUUUCUUGAAGUGUACAUUCCAAAGCACUUUCAAUAAAAGGUUUUAUUAAGUUGAA